ACAAAAUUGCAGCUGCUUGUUGAGUAAACAUCGGGUUGAGAAUUUAUAUCCGUUUUUUGUUAAAAAAUAAUGUUUUAACUGUUGUUACUUUAAUUGUUUGUCGCAUUUGCAUAUUUAUUUAAAUCCUCUACAAGCUGCCAACAUCUCCAAACUCCUUUGAAGUCAAUUUAAUACUAAAUAACUUACAUAUUACGAACAUUAAGUACAGCAAUUAAAGUUUGAAGUGCUACUCAUUUUCCAUUAGCAAUAAUGGGACUACCUCCUAAACGCCACGGUGAACGUUCUAGUCUCCGGCUCGCCGGCAUAAAACGUCGAUUGUUUGGAACCAGUCCAGCCGAUUCUUCGGAAAAAUCCAGGCACGAGGAGGAAGUUACUAUUACUAAGGGCAAGAUGCCUAUUAAAAGGUCAGGGGACACUACUGGCACCGCGCCGACAAAAAAUGAGAUCGCGACGCCAUCGAUGUCAAAGAAAUCCAAGAUAAAUAAUGAAGAGGAACAAGUUGGAAAAAUCGUGUCGCCGCCGACGCCACCACCAACACCACUUAUUCGCCGCGAUGUGGGGGAUUUACUCAACUGUAAAAUCUGUGGAAACGAACCCACGUCGCCCAUCUGUUGUUGUGCUAAUGGUCACAUCAUUUGCGGAACGUGUGUCGACGAUCCGGUGAAAAAGUGUGGCAUUUGUCAGAUGGAUUUGCAAUUGUCCAACUUUGCGGAACUACUUUCUCGACAAUUCGACUUGAAAUUGGCGUGUAAAUACCAGAAAUCAGGCUGCAAGGAAGUAAUUGCUGCUACAGAAAUGAAAAUUCAUCUGCAAAAUUGCUACUAUCGGGACAUAACCUGCACCGAGACGAAGACGGGACCUUGUGAAAAGAUGAAGAUGCCAAUGUACGAGUACGCCGGUCAUUUAAGUGAACGCCACCAGUGUCUUAGCGGGUCACCGAGACGUUUCGUGUUGACAUUGGAGGAUGAAAACAUGCUUCGUGGCACGUCGCCCGAUCCCCAAAGUCGCGCCUGGCCAAUCGGAAUUAUGAAGCAGGAUGGAAAUACGUUCCUUCUGCUCAGCCAGAUUCACGUGGAUGCAUCAAUCUUCGUCUGGAUGACUCUUUUGGGCAGUGCAGAGACCGCGGAGAAGUUAACGUUUACGUUCAAAUUGUACAGGACGAUGGACAAUGGGAAGAAGAUCAGAGCGUCUUGGACGAUGCCGGUCAUUGCGUAUCACGAUCGACCCAAAUUCGUGGAAGGUUUACCCUGCUAUGUAAACAUCUCGGGUAAAAUGCUGCUGGAAUUUUGCACUCGAGUCGAAUUGCAGGACGUGCCGAAGUUACAGUUUGACUCGGCAUGCCGAAUUUUUUAAAAGGAUGCACUUGCAAAACGGACAAUAAUUAUGCAUGAGAUCGUGACGCGGAGCAGGACGUUUUUUAGUUUGAAUCGCCAAAUUUUAAGUAACAUUAGAGUAAAAAUGUUUGCGCUUUUUCUAUUUAAAUAUAUAAUGCAAUAUGUAUUAAGCAUGCGCAUCCUCCAAUAAAUUAAACCAAGUGCAAUGCGUAUGAUAAGAUAAAUGAAAUAAAUAGUGCAUGUACGCAUCAGAAUUCAGAA